GGAGCGCAGAGGCUGGGCGGCGGCGGCCAAUGGCGGCGGCGGGGGCGCACGCGGCGCGGGGCGCGCGGCGGCCCCGAGGAGAUGACGGGGCGGCUGCCGGGGCGGCGCGCGCUCGGCAAAGUUUCCGCGCGGCGCACGCCGGGGCCGGCCGGGCCCGCGGAGCGCGGCGGAGCGGCGGCGCCUUUAUAGCGGGCGCGGAGGGGUGCGCGGCGGCGGCGGCGGCGGCGGUGGAGGCGGAGGAUGGAUCCGCCGGCGGGCGCGCAGGGCCAGCACCAGCACGAGCCCAUCAGCUUCGGCAUCGACCAGAUCCUCAACAGCCCCGAGCAGGAGAGCGCUCCCCCGCCGCCCCCCCGGGGCCCCGACGGCGCGACCUUCCUGGGCGGCCCCGGCGGCCGCGGCGGCGCGCCCUACCCGGCCCUGCCGGCCCCCUUCCCGGCCAUCGCCGCGCCCUUCGAGGACUCGGGAUCUUACAGUGUGAACCUCAGCCUGGCCCCGGCCGGCGUGAUCCGGGUGCCGGCGCACAGGCCCAUCCCCGGGGCCGUGCCGCCGCCCAUCUCCAGCGCCAUCCCGGCCAUGCCCGCCGUGCCCAGCCUGGGCAGCCUCAACUUCCCCUGGAUGGAGAGCAGCAGGCGCUUCGUCAAGGACCGGUUCACAGCGGCGGCGGCGCUGACGCCCUUCACGGUGACGCGGCGGAUCGGGCAUCCCUACCAGAACCGGACCCCGCCGAAGCGCAAGAAGCCGCGGACGUCCUUCUCCCGGGUGCAGAUCUGCGAGCUGGAGAAGCGCUUCCACCGGCAGAAGUACCUGGCCUCGGCCGAGCGCGCUGCCCUCGCCAAGUCCCUCAAGAUGACGGACGCCCAGGUGAAGACCUGGUUCCAGAACCGGCGCACCAAAUGGCGGCGGCAGACGGCGGAGGAGCGGGAGGCCGAGCGGCAGCAGGCGAGCCGGCUGAUGCUGCAGCUGCAGCACGACGCCUUCCAGAAGUCGCUGAACGAGUCGAUCCAGCCCGACCCGCUGUGCCUGCACAACUCGUCGCUGUUCGCGCUGCAGAACCUGCAGCCCUGGGAGGAGGAGAGCGCCAAGAUCCCGCCGGUCACCUCCCUCGUCUGAGCCCGGCAGCCCGGGGAACGCAGCGGACUCGCCCGCGGAGCUCGGCCGGCGGCUCCCCCGCCCCCGGGGCCGCGGUUCGCCCCAGACGGGGCGGGCGGGGAGGCGGCGGCGAGCGGCGCCCGCGGGACCGGCACCGGCACGGGACCGG